AUGGGUGGUUUUACUUUCAGCCUUAUCAAAACUGCAAAGCCAUUCUCAUGUUGUUUUCUCCUUGGCAUUUUGGCUGUUCUUGCCACUAUACCUACUUCUGCAAAUGCUGAAGUUCACUACCAUGACUUUGUGGUUCAAGAGACGCCAGUGAGGAGGCUGUGCAAAACCCAUUCCAUUCUUACAGUGAAUGGACAAUUUCCAGGACCAACUAUUGCUGUUAGAAAUGGGGAUUCCCUGGUGAUAAAGGUUACAAACAGGGGUCGUUACAAUGUCACAAUUCAUUGGCAUGGACUUAGACAAAUGAGAACACCCUGGGCAGAUGGCCCUGAAUUCAUCACUCAAUGCCCGAUUCGACCUGGAGGAACUUACACUUACCGAUUCAGCAUAGACGAUCAGGAAGGCACUUUGUGGUGGCAUGCUCAUAGCAGAUGGCUUAGGGCCACUGUGUAUGGAGCCUUUAUCAUGUUCCCCAAACAGGGUUCAUCAUUUCCCUUCCCUAACCCGAAGCACGAUGUCUCCAUUCUCCUAGGGCAAUGGUGGAAUAGAGAUAUCAUCCGUGUACUGAGACAGGCUCUCUUUACCGGGAAUGCUCCAAAUGUCUCGGAUGCAUACACCAUAAAUGGUCAACCUGGUGAUCUUUACAAAUGUUCUAGCCAAGAUACUUUCAAGAUUUCAGUGAACCCUGGAGACACAGUUCUGCUAAGGGUCAUCAACGCUGCACUCCAUCAACAGCUCUUCUUCACCGUAGCGAAUCAUCAGCUCACAGUCGUCGCAGCUGAUGCGAUCUACCACAAACCAUUUACAACCCGAGUGAUCAUGGUCGGACCAGGCCAGACGACGGAUGUUCUCCUGACGGCGAAUCAGCCUGGCGGCCGAUACUACAUGGCAGCACGGGCGUAUGCCACGGCGCAGAACGCCCCGUUCGACAACACCACCACCACAGCCAUCCUCGAGUACACAAAUUCCAAAACAGGAUCAUCCUCCAGGCCGGUUCUGCCACAGCUUCCAGCCUACAACGACACCAACACUGUAACUGCGUUUACGAGCCAAUUAAGAAGCAUCAUUCCUUCCAAUGCCAAAGUCCCCACUCAAAUUGAUGAGAAUCUAUUCUUUACUGUGGGAUUAGGCAUGGUAAACUGCAACCCUGGUCCUCGUUGCCAAGGGCCUAAUAACACGCGAUUCGCGGCCAGCAUGAACAACGUUUCCUUCCAGCUUCCCAACACAACUUCCCUGCUUCAAGCCUACUACAAUAAUAUUCCUGGAGUGUACACAUUAGACUUCCCUCCAGUUCCACCUGUUCAGUUCAAUUACACAGGGAACGUACCAAGAUCGCUUUCCCAACCCGUUUUCGGGACAAAGUUAUACAAACUGAAAUUCGGGUCUAAUGUACAGAUUGUGUUGCAAGAUACAGGAAUCUUCUCAACAGAGGAUCAUCCCAUUCACCUUCAUGGAUACCACUUCUAUGUCGUUGGCCAAGGUUUCGGGAACUUCAAUCCUCAAACGGAUACUGCGAAAUUCAAUCUUAAUGAUCCUCCUGUACGAAACACGAUUGAUGUACCUGUUGGUGGAUGGGCAGUCAUACGUUUUGUAGCCGACAAUCCAGGUGUGGAGCACAAUUCAAUUACUGGCUUGAAGGUUCAAGCUACCCCGAUAAAGAGACUCUGCAGAAGUCGUAGCAUACUAACAGUUAACGGCCAAUUCCCGGGGCCGACUAUACAAGUCAGAGAUGGAGAUUCUGUCAACAUCAAAGUCAUUAACAAGUCUCUUUACAACAUCUCCAUACAUUGGCAUGGAAUCAAACAGAAAGGAACACAAUGGGCAGAUGGCCCUGAAUAUGUUACCCAAUGUCCAAUUCAACCAGGUUCAUCUUACACUUACCGCUUCUCCAUUCAAGAUCAGGAUGGCACGCUGUGGUGGCACGCUCACAGCCGAUGGAUCAGAGCCACCGUCUACGGCGCAUUCAUCAUCUACCCUAAACUUGGUGUUCCUUACCCUUUUGAAAAACCCGACAAAGAAUUCGCCGUGCUCCUCGGGGAAUGGUGGGACAAUGACAUUCUCGGGAUCAUGCGACAGGCACUAUUUAGUGGAGCUGCUCCAAAUGUAUCCGAUGCAUAUACCAUAAAUGGCCAACCUGGAGAUCUUUACAGAUGCUCCAGCUUAGAUACUGCGACGUUCUAUGUGGAUGCUGGUGACACAAUUCUUCUAAGAGUGAUCAAUGCUGCAUUAAAUCAGCAACUUUUCUUUGGUGUUUCAAAUCACAUGUUAACUGUUGUUGGAGCUGAUGCUGCUUACUACAAGCCUUUCCAAACGCAAGCCAUCAUGGUUGGACCAGGGCAAACAACAAAUGUUCUUAUCACUGCUGAUCAGACUCCAGCGCGCUAUUACAUGGCUGCGCGCGCCUAUGCUACCGCUCAAGGUGCGCCCUUUGAUAAUACAACCACGACUGCGAUCUUGGAAUACAAUUCUAUUCCCUGCGAUUCCAACACGGGAUCCUUUCUGAGGCCGAGCUUGCCCCAAUUACCGGCCUAUAAUGAUACAGCGACGGUCACUGCUUUCACAAGUCAGUUAAGGUGCCUUUCUUCAUCGGAUAUCAAAGUUCCCACUGAGAUUGAUGAGGAUUUGUUCAUAACAGUAGGGUUAGGAUUUUUCAAUUGCAUUCCUGGCCCUACUUGUCAGGGGCCUAAUGGUACUCGAUUUGCUUCCAGUAUGAACAAUGUGUCAUUUGUUCUGCCUACAAGAUCAUCCUUGCUACAAGCUUAUUACCAGAACAUUCCUGGUGUCUACACCAUCGAUUUUCCUCCAGCUCCGCAGUUGCAGUUUGACUACACCGGCAAUGUUCCUCGUGCCCUUUGGCAGCCGAUAGUUGGGACUAAGUUGUACAAGCUGAAAUUUGGAGCCAAUGUCCAGAUUGUGUUGCAGGAUACCGGAAUAUUCUCAACCGAGGAUCAUCCCAUUCAUCUUCAUGGCUACCAGUUCUAUGUUGUUGGACAGGGUUUUGGGAACUUUGAUCCAAAUACAGAUACUGCAAAUUUCAAUCUGGUAGAUCCGCCAGAAAGGAACACUGUUGGUGUGCCUGUUGGCGGGUGGGCUGCAAUCCGGUUUAUCGCUGACAAUCCUGGAGUAUGGCUGAUGCACUGCCACAUAGAUGCUCAUCUGACUUGGGGCUUGGCUAUGUCUUUCCUGGUUGAGAACGGUCCUGGGCGGCUGCAGUCAGUAGGAAGACCGCCACUAGAUUUACCUCAAUGUUAA